AUGAAUAACAAUUUUAACAUUAAUCUUCAGAUCGAGGAUGGAAUCACCAAUAAAUAUGAAGCCGAAGUAAAUGGCUAUUUUGCUAAAUUGUACACAGGGGAAAUAACAGUCAACACAAUGAUAGAUAUCAUGAAAAAUCUAUCAUGCUCCCCUAAAGGAUCGAAAAAUAACGAUAUUUAUAAAUCGAUGCUAUUAAUCUUAUUUAAUGAGUGCAAAUUCUUUCCUAAAUAUCCAGUAGAAGAAUUAGAUAUAACUGCACAAUUGUUUGGAAAAUUAAUUAAGCACAAUUUAUUAAUAUCAUAUGGUAAUACUUUAUCUGUUGUAUUAAAAUGUAUUUUAGAAGCUUUAAAAAAAGGAUCUGAUUCUAAAGUUUUUAAUUUUGGGAUAACAGCAUUAGAGCAAUUUGAAGACUCUUUAAUAUGUUACCCUGCCUUUUUAUCUUCCUUAAUUCCAUUACCUACUUUAAGGCAAUAUAAUCCGCAAUAUAUAAUCCAUUGCAAUGAAUUAUUAAACACACUUCCAGAACAGUUUAGAACUCUUCCAUAUAUAGAUGCUUCUACAAUACUUAAGAUAAAACACAUCUCUGAAAUUAGUUCUUACAAUAAUAUUUCGAACACAAAUAUAUCCCAUAUACCUAACAAUGAAAUUAAAAAAAUAUCUGUAACAAAUGUAAAUAAUUUAAAGAAUAUCAACAAUUUAGUUCCACAUUUAUCUACCAUAGAUGUUCCAAAUCAAACUACUACUAAUUUUAUUACCCAUAAUAAUCUUAGUGAUAAUAAUAUCGAAAAUAGUGUCAAUAAUAAUAUAAUUUCUGAACCCCACAAUGAUAACAAUAAUGUUAACACUAUUAAUAACUCAAAUCGAACAGCUAGCUACAUAAGUAAUAAUAAUCAAACUCAAUUUACCAAUCUUAUGAAUAAUAUUUUGAACCAAAACAAUACUACUACUACUACUAAUAACAAUAACAACCUUAAUAAUGAUAAUAUGCUAUUAUAUAUUAACAAUAUUCUACCAAACCUCUCAAAUAUAACAGAUAAAAAUACUAUACCAUCAAAUAUAAAUAAUUUACAAGCCAUUAAUAGAAAUAAUCCAAUAUAUAAAAAUAAAAACGCCAAUAUUAAUUUAAAUGCUAUAUCAGCCAUUAAUAAUAUUAACAAUCUUAAUAGUGCAUAUAAUAUUAACUUAUUAGACAAUAAUCCCUCUUCUAAUAUAUUAUCACCAAACUCAAAUAGAGUCUAUCAAAAUAAAGGUUUUAUUAAUACAAACGAACCAACACAUAUUAAUAGGAACAUAAAUCUAGUAACAAAUAAUAUGACACACAAUAAAAAUUUGAAUUCUACAAACCUCCUAAAUAAUACUAAUCAAAUUAAAAUAGAUAUAAAUAUGCCUAAUGGUGGAGAUACCUCUCAAAAUAUUCCCACAAAUUCAAAUAUCAUACGAACAGAUAAUAAUAAAAAUGAAAAUAAUUAUACAAGUAAUAUUCCUCAUUCUAAUAAUAAAGAUAAUGCUGAACAAACAAAUGGAUGCAUAGAAAUAUUUUAUAAUCAAGUUCAAUUAAAAUUACCUUCGAAUUUAAAUUCAAAAAAUAUUAGUGGAUUUGGGUUAGGUCAAAUCGAAUGCUUAUUGGAUAAUACACAUAUAUCAAAAAGUAUUAUUAUUCCUUCUUCUGUAAUUGUAGGAGAAAUAUUUAGUAUAUUCAAUACUUUAUGUUUACUUAAUAUCGAUGAAAAAAUAAAAAUAUUAAAAGAUGUUAUGCAACCCGAAUAUUAUAGUUGGCUAGCUUUUUAUAUCGUAAAAUCCAGAGUUUCAAAAGAAGUCAAUUUACAUAAUGUUUUUUUAGAAUUCAUUGAUAAACUAAGUUAUCCUAUGCUUAUAGAAACUAUUAUUAAUAUGACUUAUGAUUAUAUACUCAUUUUAUUUAAAUAUAUAAAUGAAUUAAAAGAAGUUAGUGCAUUUAGAACUGUACUCAAAAAUUUAGGUUCAUGGUUAGGAUUUAUAACAUUAGGUAGAAAUAAACCGUUAAAAUCAAAAAUAUUAGAUUUAAAAUUAGUUUUAUUUGAAGCUUAUGAUAAAGAUUGUUUAGUAUGUAUAUUACCAAUGGUAUGUAAAAUAUUAGAAUCUAUUAAAUUAUCCAAAAAUUUUAAACCGCCAAAUCCAUGGACUACAACUAUGUUAUGUCUAUUAACAGAAAUACAUGAAUUACCAAAUGCUAAAACAUAUAUUAUAUUUGAAGUUGAAGUUUUAUUUAAAAAUCUAUCAUUAGAUAUACAAGAUUAUCAAAAUAAAACGGUUCUAUUAAGUAGAAGAACUCCACAAUAUAAUCAAAAAAACGAUUUUAAUAUAACCGAUCAAAACAACACAAAUUCUCCUAUUUUACAAACAAAUAUAGAUAUUAAAUCACAUCCAAUAAAAGCAAAUAUCACAAAUUUUAUUUCAACUAAUGAUAAUAAUACAAACAAUGUGAAUAAUAAUUACUACAAUUAUAACAAUAUCACAAAUUGGAAUAACCCGAAUUCAAGUAUUGAAUCUAAUAAUAUUUCUGAAAAUGCACUAUUAGAAGAAUUUGAAAAUCUUACUAAAAAAAAUAACCAAAACAAUAGAAUCAUAAAUCAAGACAAAUCUGAUUAUAUAAAUAAAAAUAAUAAUCAACAAUUAUUAAAUUUAAAAAAUAUAAUAUCUCAUUGGAAUGAAUAUAAUGCAAAUAAAAAUAAUCCUUUACAAAAUGAUCAAAUUUUAGUUUCUUCAUUUCCUCCUCCAGAUAUUAAAUCAAAUAAUUCAAAUACUUUUAAUAAGGUAUUUGCUAAUAUUUCUAAAGCAUAUAAUUCAAUAAAUGAUCAAACAUUAAAUAAAAUUGAUCCCAAUAUUAUUAAUAAUUAUAAUAUUUUAAAUUCAUCUAUAAAUGGAAAUAUAUCGAAUAUGUCUAAUGAUCAUAAUAAAAUUAAUAAUAGUAAAUUUUUUCAAAAUUUAUGUAAUGCUACAAUUAUAUCUCCAUCUAUAGCUUUGUUUCAAAUACAACCAAAUUUAAAAAAAGUAGUUCCAAUAGCAGUUGAUCGAUCAAUUAAAGAAAUCAUAUCCGCAGUUUUAGAAAGAUCAGUAGCUAUAUCAUGUAUUACUACUCGAGAAAUUAUAUCUAAAGAUUUUUGUUUAGAAAAAGAUCAAAAUAUAAUUCGAAAAGCAUCACAUAUCAUGACAGCAUCAUUAGCUGCAUCACUUGCAUUAGCUACAUGUAAAGAACCAUUAAGAAUAUCAUUAACUCAAAAUUUACGAGAAUUAUUACAACCUACUAGUACAAAAGAUUGUAAUGAUCAAGUUUUAAUAGAACAAGUUGUGCAAGUUCUUAGUGCAGAUAAUUUAGAAUUAGGAUGUAAUUUAAUUGAGCAAGCAGUUAUUGAAAAAGCAAUAACAGAUAUUAACGAAGCUUUAGCUCCAACUCUUUUAGCAAAACAUAUAACAAAUGAAAAUAAUAAAAAAUUAAAUGAUUCUGUUAAUAUUAUAAACAGUAAAAAAAUGCAAAUCGAAUUUGCCGAAAUUUUAAAUUUAGGAACCCCUAUAACAAAUAAUCAAUUACAAAUUUAUAAAGAUUUUAUAAAUAUGAACCCAUUAAAAAAAUUAUAUUCUUCUCCUAAAUCAUUAACAUUAAUUUAUAAAAAUUCAGAUGAAAUAAAUCCAAUAAAUACACAACAAAAUGAUCAACAAUCAUCUAUUAUUACUAAUGAAAAUACAAAAAAUGAUAUGACAAUUCCUAAUUUAGGAACAAACUUAAAUAUAGAUUAUAAUAAUAUAAAUAAUAAUCUAGAAUUAAAUCAAAAUGAAAAUAAUAUAAAAAUUACACAACAAAAUAAAUCUAUUAAUACAUCAGCGAUAUCAUCUAAUCAUAAUUUAAAUAAAGUUUUAAAAAAAUUAGAACUCGCAACUAAUCAAUUAAAAGAAACAAUUAAAGAUAUACUCAUGUUACCACCAAUAUUAUUUAAUAUUAAUAAAAAAAAAAUUAUUGGUAAUAUUAAUAAAAUUAGUUUAUAUAUUUUAUAUAGUUUAUCAGUUGAUAAUAAUCUAUUUAAUUUAAUUAAAUCUAUCCCUGAAAUAGCUUCAUUAACUCAUCAUAAAAAUGAAACUAUUAUUUCAUAUACAAAUAGAAUAUGUAAAUUUCUUUUUGAAAUUGCAUUACAUAAUUAUAAUAAAUCUCAACAAGAAUCAAAAUUAAAUGAUAUGACUGGAAUAUAUAUGGAAGUAUUUUUAUGUAUAUUAGAAAAAUUAAAAAUUAAGUGUCCUAUUGCAAAAGACCAUAUAUCAACUUGUGUAAUCAAAACUACGAUAAGUCUACUAAAUGCCCCCAUUAAUAAUAACACAAAUAGUGCCAGUAGCAAUGGUGGCAAUAGCAAUAGUGGCAGUAAUGAGGAAGGCAAUGCUCAUAAUAUUAAGGACCCCGAAAAAAAUAACUCUCUUAAUUCGGAAAAUUCAAAAAAUUCAGUAAAUUCGGUUAAUUCAGUAAAUUCGGAAAAUUCGGAAAACCCAGAAAAUGCGCCCAAUCAAAAACCGAGUGAAUCAAACAGAGAUAAUAAUAAAACUAGCAAUAAUUAUGAACAGUUUUAUAAAUCCAAUGCGAAUAUUAUAGCGGGCUUAAUUAGAUAUAACCUAAUUGAUAUCGAUCAAUAUAAAACAUUUUUAGAAAAUCAACUAGCCAAUAAAAUUAAUAACAAUAAUGCAAUAAAAUUUAUUAUUUUUUUGCUAAAAAAUAUUUUAAUUGACUUUCACAUAUAUAGAUAUAACUAUUUUAAAAAUAUUUUUGAUCAUCUUAAUAAUAUAAUAAUAAUUAACUCUAAAGAAAAUAAUACUAACCAACCCUCAAAAACUAACAAAGACACUAAAAUAGAUAAUACCAUUGAUCUUAAUGCAAACAUAUUUUAUAAUAACCCUGAUAAACCAAUUGAUAUAAUCUCAGCAAUUAAUGAAUUAACUAAAGAGGCUAAGCACAUUCAAGAAAAAACUAAUUCUGUAAUCUUUUCAGAUUAUUUUGACAUAUAUGAUGAAUUUUCAAAAACAGAUGAUGAAACAGAAAAAGAAGAUCCAGAACCAACUGACAACUCAACUGAAAACCCUAAUCAAGUUAUUACCAAAUUGAAACCAGAAAAAGUUGAAAAGGCUGAAAAAGUUGAAAAGGUUGAAAAGGUUGAAAAAGUUGAAACUAAUUCAAAUGACCCUGAGAUAGAAUCCCAAUUAAACUCCGAAGUUUCCCCUAAACAUGAAGAAACAAAAUUAGAAACUAAAAAUAAAAAAAACAAAAAAAAUAAGGAAGAAAAAAAGGAAGAAAAGAAGGAAGAAAAGAAGGAAGAAAAGAAGGAUGAUAGUACAACUAUUGCAAAAACAGAAUCAAAUGAAAUCUCCUUAUCUCCCUCAAAAUCUAAAGAUAUUCCAAACAAAAAAAACACUGAAAAUAUAACAGAAAAAAAUGAAUCAAAUACUGAAAAAAUUAUAACUGAUGAAAAUACUAUUAAUAAAAUCGAAAAAAAUAAAGAACAUAUCAAUGAUAAAAAUGGAGAUAUAAAAAAAAAUGAAAAAAAAAAUUAUAAAAAAUAUCUACAAAUUUUAAUGAACCCACAAAACUUAACAACAUUAACACAAAUUAUCGAUUUCUGUCUAAAUAAAGAUUGGAAUAUAAUACAAACAAAAAAAUAUAAUGAUGGAAUUAGAGAUAAAGGUGUUGGGGGAGUUAGAAUCGUUCCUAAACCACAAAAAGUACCAAAACAACAACAGCAUAUUAUUAGUUCUAUUUUUAUGGAAUGGGUUAAAUUAAGUAACAUCAAAAAUGUUGAUAAUCCAAAUCAAAUUUAUGUUAAAUUUUUUCAAAAAAUAUCAAGUCAAGGUUUAUUGCAAAUAAAUAAUUCAGAUAAUUUUUUUACGACAUGUAUUUAUAAGGCUAUAGAAAAAGCAGAAUUAUAUCUUGACCCAUAUUCUGAAAAUUUUGAAUGUUUUCAAAAUGAAGAAUCAAAAGAAUUAUUUACACAUGUUUCUACAAAUUUAACUAAUUCAAAUUAUAUGAAAGAGAAUGAUGAUACAAAAGGAAUACAAUCUGAAACUGAAUUAGCUUCAGAUCUUUUAUCUAAACAAGAUCCUCAAAAUGAAAAUUUAAAACGAGAAUACGAUGAAAACGAAUCAAAUGUUGAUAAAAAAAAUCAAAAAAAAACAAACCUUAUUGAAGAAGAAACAGAAAAUGCUAACCAUUCUAAGGAAAAAGAUAAAAAAAAAAAAAAAAAAAAAAAUGAAUAUACAGAUCCAAAAUCUAAACCAACCGAAGAAACUGAAAUGGACAAAAAUAAAGAUCAAUAUAAAGAAAAACAAAACAACGAAACUAACAAAUAUUGCGAAGAUUCAGAAGAUAAUCUCACAGAUGCUGUAUCUACUAAUUUAACUUUUAAUUCUAACAUCUCAAAUUAUGAAUUCUCUUUUUCUGAUGAUGAUAAUUUUCAUUAUUUUGUAAACAAUAGUGAUCGAAAUAGUAGUAAUACAAAUAAAAUGAAAAAUAAAAAAAAAGAUACUCUUAAUUUUGUAUACUCAUCUAUAAACAAAUCAAUGACUAAUGAUUCAACUUUAAAUUCAGAUAAAGAUCUUGAAAAAAAUAAAUUAUAUUCUGAUGUACUUAAAGAAAAUUGUAAUAUUACUGAUCAGAAUAAAGACAAAAAUGAUGGAAACAAUACAACGAAAAUAACAAAAAAUGAAUCAAAUAAUACUAAUUUAGAAAAAGAAAAUAAUGUAAAAUCAGAAUCAAAUAACCCAAAUAAUAUAAAUGAUAAAAUAGAACCACAAAUUGAUAAUGAUACAAAAAAAGAUUUAGAAAAACAUACACAAAUUACAAACAUAUUAGAUACAUCAUCUAUUGAUGCACUAGCCAAAAUGAUAGUAUCAAUGAUGAAACUAGUAGAUUCACAAAAAAUUACACCAUAUUUAUUAUUACAAAAAGUAAUGAAUAUAUUUUGCAGAAUAUUAGUAUAUGAAUGUAGAAAAAAAAAAAACAAAUUUAAUCAAAGACCAUAUUUUCGAUUAUUUUUAUCUAUUUUAAUUGAAAUAAAUAAAAAUGAAAAAAAUAUUGAAUCAUAUAAUAAAUGUAUAUUAGCAUUAGGAUAUUAUUUACGUAUAUUAAAUCCAUUAAGAGUUCCAAUGUUUGUUUUUGCUUGGGUCGAAUUAAUAAGUCAUAAAUUAUUUUUACCAAAAAUAUUACAAACAUCAAAAGGCUGGCAUAUAUAUAAUAAAUUAAUAAUAUAUCUAUUUGAAUUUUUAUAUGGAUUUCUAAAAAAUUCAUAUUUAACACAACCAAUUAAAUUAUUAUAUAAAGCAACACUAAGAAUAUUAUUAUUAUUACUUCAUGAUUUUCCAGAAUUUUUGUGUGUAUAUAGUUUUUCAUUUUGUAAUUCAAUAUCUUUAAAUUGUAUGCAAUUAAGAAACAUAAUUUUAUCUGCUUUGCCACGAAAUACAAAAUUACCAAAUCCAUUUAACCCAAAUUUAAAAAUUAAUUUAUUACCUGAAAUUAAAACUCCACCAGUAAUAUUAAAUAAUUUCACAUUUAUACUUAUUGAUUAUAAAAUUAAAAAAAAUGUUGAUGAAUAUUUUAUAAAUAAAAAUUUGAAUCAUUUAAAAAAAAUACACAAAAAAAUUAUGAUCAAAAAUAAAGUUAAAUCAUUUUAUUUAAAAUCAAAAUAUAAUAUACCUCUUCUAAAUGCUUUAGUUUUAUAUAUUGGUAUGUCAUUACCACCAGAAAUAUUAUCUUUUCAAAAAAAUACUGAAAUGCAUCAACAUCCAGCUUUAGAAAUUAUCUUAUAUUUAAUUUAUAAAUUAGAUAUGGAAGGAAAAUAUUAUUUAUUAGCAUCAAUCACUAACCAUUUAAGAUAUCCAAAUUCACAUACUCAUUUUUUUUCUUCUCUAUUAUUAUGGAUAUUUAAUAUAUCAAAAACAGAAGCUAUCAAAGAACAAAUUACAGGAAUAUUGUUAGAAAGACUUAUAGUUAAUAAGCCACAUCCAUGGGGAUUAUUAGUAACAUUUAUGCAACUUAUAAAAAAUCCAAUUUUUAAUUUUUGGAAUUGUUCAUUUGUUCGUGUUUCUCCAGAAAUUGAAACUCUUUUUAACACAAUAGCUAGCUCAUGUAUGUCAAAUAAAACACAACCCUCCACUCCCCACAAUUCUAAUAAUAGUCCAAAUCAUGCAAAUCACCUAAACAGUGCAAGCCACCUAAACAGUGCAAGCCACCUAAACAGUGCAAGCCGCCUAAACAGUGCAAGCCGCCUAAACAGUCCAAACAGCAUGCCUAACCAACCAAAUGAUUCCAACACAUCUGCAUAUCAAUAUAAUCUUAACAAUGAAAAUAUUCCUAAUAACGAAUUUAAUAAAUAUCUCUCAAAUAUUUCGAAUUCCAUACAAAAUAACAAACAACCAAUUUUAGAUGAAAAUAAAGAUAAAAUAAAAGAAUUUUAUAAUAAUAUAAAUAUGAAUCAAUUAUUGCAAAAUUCUAACGAGAAAAAUAAUAUUAAUAAUACUGAUUUAAUUAGGCAAAUUCUAAAUUCAGAAAAUGUUAAUUUAAAAAAUUAUACUACAACUAAUGGGCCUACUAUUACUCCUCAUGUUAAAUUCACUAACCAAUAUGAUACCAAUUCACACCCAAAUGACAUAACAAAUAAUAUAAAACAAAAACAAAAUGUUAUUAAUAAUUUACACACAUAUAAUAUAAAUUCGAAUAAUAACAAUAGUAGCAAUAACAAUAACAAUCACAUUUUGAAUGCUUCGUUUUAUAGAGAUAUUGGAAAUUUGAGUGGAAUAAAAACAAAUAAUAAUUCACAAAACAAUAUCGAAUUAUCACAAAAUAAUCUAUUCAUUAAUAACCCCUACUAUUUUCAGGAUAAAAAUAUUAUGUUAGAUUCACAUUUACAAAAUAAUAUUAAUCAAAUUAAAAGAAAUCCAAGAUUAAAUAACUCACAAAUACAUGAAAAUAAUGAAAAUGAUUCAAAUAAUAUUCAAAAACAUUUUAAUUUCGAAAUAAAUAAUAAAUUAACAGAUCAAAAUAAUAGAGAUUUUUUCAAUUCAAAUCAUUUUUAUGACUCAAAACCUGAUUACUAUAACUAA